GUGAUUGACAACCUUGAACGCACGCAAGACCGAAAACUACGCUCCGGUACCACCACGUUGUGCAUCAAUUACUAAAUCAAGAGGUCAUGCGUAGAGACUGAGUGAGGACUCGCCCUAAGCCUGCGACUCAACAGCUUUGCCAUCAACCGGGCAACUGUGCUCCACAUACGGCCACGACGCGUGUCGCGUGUCCGCCAGAUUGAAUGCGAGCACCGCUGAGCAGUUUCUCCACGGCAUAUUGAACAAUAUUUACACAACAAGGGCAGCAACUCAAUCGCUUAAGCCGGGGCGCGUGCGUGCCCUGCAGUUGUCAGCACCAUGCUCUCCCUACUGCCGGACCUGGCGCCGCGUGAUUCACACUCUCUGUGGUACACAUCCUCUCGCAACCCGGCCUCGGCGACGGCCGUGUGGCACGACCCAAAUCACAACCCACUCGACCCUUCUGCGGCAAACAACGGCGCGUCUGCGGGACCGAACCCCAGGCGCGCGGCCCAUCUGAUUGAGCGAUCGCCCCUCGCACGGCUGCGUGCCGACGAACAGAACCUAGAACGCCGGCGGCAAAAUGUGACCAAUUUUGGUAGCGCUUGGCUCAAGCCGCCUGGGAUACCAAAGACGCUGUAUCAACUGAGGGAGGAGCGACGAGAGGCUGAAGAACACCAGGAAGCCAUGCGGCGAGAGCAACUUGCGCAGGAGCUCGCAGAGGCGGAAGCUGCUGGUGGAGGGGGUGCGGAUGUGGACGGACCGGAGAAUGGCGAACAGGUUGGCGAGGAGGGUGCAGAUGGCAUGGAUGAUGUCCAGCUUGAUGGCGCACGAGAUCUGGAUGAGGAUAUCCCUGAAGGCGACUCGGCUGGGUUUGGGCUCAACUCGGAUGACGAGGAUGACGACGAAGAGGAGGACGAGGAUGAGGAGAAUGAGGAUGGCGACGAGGGAGGAGCAUCCAUGGCCAACCGCGCGGCUGAGGCACAACUGAUGGCUCAAAGAAUGCGUGAGGCGAGCUCAUUCCAGGGUGAUCAGGGGGCCUCAUUCUACGAUGGGGAUGAAGACCUCGACGACGAGGCCCGCGCUGGCAUGAUCGAGGAAGACGAUCUCAUUGGAGACGGCGACAUGGACGAUAUGGGAAUGGGUGCCGACUUGGACGACGAUAUUCCCGAGGGCAUGAGCGGAGGUCUCAGUGGUGGAUACGAGCACACUGACACGGACCUCAGCUCUAGCGAUGACGGCGAGGAUCAAGGCAACACGAGCUUUCCGCCUGCUCGCGCACCCCAGACAGCUCGGUUUAGGACCAGUCUCGCACGUAGUGACGCGACGAGGCACAGCCUGGCCAUCAGCGACUUACUCUCACGAGACGGAAGCAGUGUGCUGGGUAGCAGUCCGCAGAUGCCACGGCAACCUGGCUAUGGCCGUUGAUUAUGGGACAAUACAAACGGUAAGCUUGUAAGACGGAUGGAAGCCGUGCUCUCUCGCUCGACGGUUACUGUUACGAUGUUAUGAAUCACGACGGCCAUAGAAUAAAGCGAUUAGCAUAAUU